UGUGAGAGAGAGAGAGAGAGAGAGAGAGAGAGAGAGACGGGAGUAUGUGGGUAACCUGAGUACAGGGCGUCCUAGCUCUUCAACAGGGAGUCAACCAAACUCCAACUUUCUCUGGGCAGGCGGCGUUCAGCACUCGGCCAGGAUGGACAGCAAACAUCUGGAUUGCAGAGGAAUUCCUUGCAUGAAACAGAUCAGUGGGCCAUUCAUUAUGAGUUGCUCGUUGUAAUAAGAUAUUCGUGGGCAUCCGAUUUUCGUGCAAAUAGGCUCAACGUAGCAAUCUGCGAGGCAGCAGCGGACGCGGUUCUAUUUUUAGAAAAGCUGGAGAGGAAUCAAUCAAACUGCGACUAAAGCAGUGUUUUCAUGACAAUCGGCUGCUUUUAGUGCUGCAAUCUUCCGAGGCGCACGUCUGCGCUCCCUGGGUCAUAAGGACGGCAUGUCACGUUUUUAUCAGCCGGAUUUCUGAUGCAGAAUGGUGCCUUUUUCUCUCAUGCUGUCCGGGAAUGCACACCGCUGGAUCUCAAACUUUUGCAUGAUGGAAUCCACUACACUUGAUGGUAACCGCGGCUGCAUUUCUUUUGGGACCUCGUGCACUUUUGCAUCGUGUCGCUGUGUUAGAAUCACCAAAGAACACUGCAGUUUGGGACGUGAAUGACAAUCGCUGUUGAACGACAAAGAACUAAGGAGAACAUCGCCGAGGCGCAUACACGUACUUCCAUCAAGUUCCAGCGCAUUCUUCUUUCCGGCUCCUAUGGGAAUCAAACACUCGUCCCGCUGCAUGCUCCUCAGGAGAAAAAUGGCGGAGUCUGAGAGCAUUGAGCAACCACAGCCACAGCCUCGGCCGAUCCGCAUAAUUCCGUCCCGGUCGGCACAGCCCACCUCGUUGCCCAAGCCGGUGCCUUCCAUCCAGCAAGCCUCGCGGCCUCCUCUGCCUCCACACACGCCUCAUGCUGCCAGCCUUUCCAGUUGUCCCGGGCGGGGGAAGACGUCGAAGUUCCUUAGCCCAGAGGACAUGACCUCGCGAGACUACUACUUUGACUCCUACGCCCACUUUGGUAUACAUGAGGAGAUGCUGAAGGACGAAGUGAGGACGCUCACCUACAGGAACUCCAUGUACCACAACAAGCACGCCUUCAAGGACAAAAUCGUGCUGGACGUGGGCAGCGGGACGGGCAUUCUGUCCAUGUUCGCGGCCAAAGCGGGGGCCAAGCACGUGUACGGGAUUGAAUGUUCCAGUAUAUCAGAGUACUCAGAGAGGAUCAUCAAGUCCAAUCACCUUGACAGUGUGAUCACCAUCUUCAAGGGCAAGGUGGAGGAGGUGGAGCUCCCUGUUGACAAGGUGGACAUCAUAAUAUCUGAAUGGAUGGGCUACUGCCUCUUCUAUGAAUCCAUGCUGAACACCGUCAUCUUUGCCAGAGACAAGUGGCUGAAACCUGGUGGAUUAAUGUUUCCCGAUCGGGCCUCUCUGUACGUGGUGGCCAUUGAGGACCGGCAGUACAAAGACUUCAAAAUACAUUGGUGGGAGAACGUGUACGGCUUUGACAUGACCUGUAUCCGCAAUGUGGCCAUGAAGGAGCCGCUGGUGGACGUGGUGAAUGCCAAGCAGGUUGUGACAAACUCCUGCCUCAUCAAGGAGGUGGACAUCUACACAGUGAAGACUGAAGACCUGUCUUUUACCUCAGCAUUCUGCCUGCAGAUCCAGAGGAAUGACUACGUCCAUGCUCUGGUCACCUACUUUAACAUUGAGUUCACCAAGUGUCACAAGAAGACUGGUUUCUCCACCGCACCAGAUGCUCAAUACACCCACUGGAAGCAGACGGUGUUUUACCUGGAGGACUAUUUGACGGUGCGGAGAGGCGAGGAGAUCGUUGGCAGCAUCGACAUGAAGCCCAAUGAGAAGAACAUUCGCGACCUGGACUUCACUUUCGAGCUGGAUUUCAAAGGGCAGCUGUGUGAAGCGGCCAUAUCCCACGACUACAGGAUGCGCUAAGUUCGACCGG